GAGGUUUGCAACGAGCGAAUUUUACAGUAACACACCAACGUCAUCUACCAUUAUCGAAAGCCUUGUUUGGUGAGCUGCAAUGGAAGGAGGAGGGACAGGUGUUGAUCUCACCAGGAAGUUUGUUUCGGAAGCAGAGCUUGACGAGAGGAGGAAAAAAAGACAGGAGGAGUGGGAGAAAGUUAGGAAGCCUGAUGACCCUGAGAAGGCCCCCGAGGUAGAGUAUGACGCGCGUUCUCUCUUUGAGCGUCUGCGGGACCAGAGAGACAAAAAGCAAGAGGAAUUUGAGGAGCAAUUCAAAUUCAAGAACAUGGUGAGGGGAUUGGACGAUGAUGAGACCAGCUUCCUGGACGAGGUUUCCCGGCAACAGAGCCUAGUGGAGAAGCAACGCAGGGAUGAAGAGAAACAGGAACUGUUGGAAUACAGAAGUGCCGUAGUAAAGCAAUUCUCCACUGACAGCCGCCCAGAGCCUGAGAAGAAAGCAACUUCUAAACAAACAGUGGUGGAGCAAAGGACCAGCCAUUUGUCUCAGGCCCAUUUACUGGCUGGUGCUGUCAAGAGACGCAAUUCGUCCCAGUCAUCAGACAGCAGUAAGAAACAGAGGGUGGAAAGUGCAGCAACGGGAAAUGGAGACAGACACACAGAACAGGAGGGAGGAGGCGGACGAAGAUCAGGGGGUGCUGAAAAUCAACAAACUGUCACGGGCCUUACGCCCAAAAACCCUUCGCCCCCCCUUAAUUCCAGUCCAGCUCUACUUCACCUGCCCUCGGCAGCGGUCUGCAUCGGCGUCCUUCCGGGCCUCUGCGAUUAUUCCGGCAGCAGCGACUCUGACAGCAGCUCGGACAGCGAAGGUAGCGUAGAUGCAAUCAUGUUGCCGUACCCGAGGCACAGCAGAGCCAAUAGAUAAGUCUGUCUCACACACACAUACUCUAACUUGUGGGAUCAUCUUAAACAUGCACCUAUUUAAACCAAACACCUGUCUUUAACGUGUUCUAGUAAUUUAAUGUUCUCACAAGAAGUUAGUCGUGAAUCGCAAUGAAUCCUUUGCUAAUAACUACCAGUAACGUUGUUGUAAAGAUUGGGCUUGAUAAUAAGUGAUCAAUUAAAUCGUCAUGAAUAUUGUUGAUUAUGUGGAAGUAUUGAUUAAUUGUAUCUUUAGCAAUUGAGGCAAAAUGAAAUGGAGCACUUUAAAGUGACCAACUGAUUCAUUCUCUUCUGUCUUCUAACUAUACAGAAUGAACCCUUCGAGUUCUUCUAAAUUACUCACGUUAAUUUAGUUCUAAUAGCACGUCUACUCAUUCGCAGCACUUCCAACUUGUGCAGUAAUUCAACAGUCGGAGAGCUCUACUUUUCUUAGUCUCGUUUUUUGCCAGAUUAUUUCCCACCCAAAAGGAGACUUGCAGUGUAGUGCGACUUGUGUUUUUCCCUUCUUAGUGAUUCAUCUUUUUGACUGUUGCGACUUGUAUGCCAGGGUGACUUCUACUCUAGAGCGACUUAGUCUGGGAAAACGUCUCAACUCUUUUGCUGUCUGAAGAAGUAAAACAUGACAUUAGAUAUGGUGGCCCAAGGCAUGUAUACUUCUGCUAUGGCACAACUCCUCCAUGGAGCUCUCCUAUGCUGUGCAAACAGACAUUUAGAAAGACAUACACCUAUUAAAAAUAACCCUGGUGUGGAUUUUCCUCUCAAGAUAAUUUAAAAAGGAUGGUUUCCUACUCAUUUUGCUCCUUUACAUCAUCAAUUCCCACUAAAUUCUCGUGAGAACUGUCUGCAACAACCCCUUUCAGUGUUUCUUCUAAAGGGAUAAAAAAAAAACAACUGUGCAAAAUAAUCCUAAUAAGGCCUAACAUUGAAAACUAACCAUUUUGAUCAGACUCAACUUGUGUAGCUGCUCGUAUUUUUGCUAUUGUUGCACUCAAACGUGAUGCUUCUCCCUCAAUCACGUUUCAUGCAGUUUAGCCAAGCAAGCAAUCCCGUACCGCCUACUCCGACGACGUCCCGAUCCCCUCUCCCACAUACCUCUCCCAACCCAACCCAAGCCACAGUGAUGGCAAGCUGUGCUUUUGGCUGUGGGAAAAGUGAUUGACAGCUGCGGAGGAAGGAAAAGACUUGCGUCGAUUGAUUCGCAUAUCACAUAACACGUACCUUUGUAGCAACCAGCAACAGACUGGUGAGAUUCGGAAGGAGACACUCCUCUCUGGGCCCCAUGCAGUCGGAAUUAUGUUGGAAAAUAAUGGAAUGAAUGUGUGUGAAACAUAAUUUAGGAGAGAUGCUCAUGUGUCAUGUGCCCUGACUCCAAAGAGAAAUAAAAAGCUUCCUGUUUUAA